AUGCGCGAGAACGCCAGCGGCCUAGGGCGCGUGCGCGGACAAGCCAGUGCGGAAGUCGGGAGAUUCGGGCGCGGACCGGACUGGAGGUGCAGCGUUGCACUUCCAGGAGACGGCCGGCCUCCCGAAACCAUCCCUAGCCCGAGCCCCGCGUUCCUAGAGCUGUGCCCGCGGGGCGGCUCCGAGCUACCUUCCGUUGGGCGUUCGAGGCGAGCCCGCGCGCACCCGGCAGCCGGCCGAGCCCGGAGGUCUCGCGAGAUCAGUGAGCUGCACGAGCGCGGCCGGCGUCUUCCGAGCCGCUCAGGAGGGAGUGGCGCGAUGGACGAGGACCUGGUGGUUGCGCUGCGUCUGCAGGAGGAGUGGGACGUGCAGGCGGCGCGGCGCGCGGCGGCGCGGGAGCCCGUGUCGUUGGUGGACGCGUCCUGGGAGCUGGUGGACCCCACCCCGGACCUGCAGGCGCUCUUCUUGCAGUUUAACGACCGUUUCUUCUGGGGUCAGCUGGAGGCAGUGGAGGUGAAGUGGAGUGUGCGCAUGACCCUGUGCGCUGGGAUCUGCACCUAUGAAGGGAGAGGAGGAAUGUGCUCCAUCCGCCUCAGUGAACCCCUCUUAAAACUGAGACCCAGAAAGGACCUUGUCGAGACUCUUUUGCAUGAAAUGAUACAUGCUUACUUAUUUGUCACUAAUAAUGAUAAAGACCGGGAAGGACAUGGCCCAGAGUUCUGUAAACACAUGCAUCGGAUCAACCAGCUGACAGGAGCCAACAUAACGGUGUACCACACUUUCCAUGAUGAGGUGGAUGAGUACCGUCGACACUGGUGGCGCUGCAAUGGGCCUUGCCAGCACAGACAGCCCUACUACGGCUAUGUGAAGCGUGCCACCAACAGGGCUCCCUCCGCUCAUGACUACUGGUGGGCCGACCACCAGAAAACCUGUGGAGGCACUUACAUCAAAAUCAGGGAGCCAGAGAACUAUUCAAAGAAAGGCAAAGGGAAGACCAAAGCAGGCAAGCAGCCAUCAGCAGUGGAGAAUAAAGACAAGCAGUGCAGAGGGGAGGCCCAGCCGCUCAUCCCAUUCAGUGGAAAAGGGUAUGUUCUCGGAGACACAAGUACUUGCCCUUCAGCUGGCAAGUUGAGCACCUUACAUGUGAUGAAUGAAGCCAAAGGCCCAUCAAGUCAAGACCAUUCAGCAAGUGGCCUCAGACUCAUUUCCAACACUGAGGUGAAAUGUGAACAGAAUGGUUUCUCAAGUAAAAAACCUCAUCUGGUGCCCCCUGUCCCCACCGCUACUCACCAAAGUGUCCUGAGCAGCUACUUCCCCAGAGUGUCUGUUGCCAACCAAAAGGCUUUCAGAAAUGUGAACGGGUCCCCAGUCGCGAGUGGGACUUCUGGGGAUGGCUGCCAGCAUCCAGCCCUGUCAGGCUCUCAGAGAAAGGUGCCACCUUCCAGGGCGUCCCUGAGAAAUGCCUCCAAAGUCAUGGCGUCAGCCACCGUGACGUCUGCAACUGUGCCGUCCUUGACCGUCCCCCGGGAGGAGUGUGGCUCUGAAGAGCCAUUCCCAAGCAAGCGACCGAGGCUGGAGGACAGGACUGCUUUGGAUAACAUCAAGGAGCAAACACAGAGUGCUGGAGCCCUUCAGAGCAGCUCCGGGCCCGCAGCCGCCAGCGCACCUCGGAGUUCAGGCACCUCGGGCAGUCAGCGACGGCUGGUCAACUGUCCGGUCUGUCAGGGGGUAGUUUUGGAAUCACUGAUUAAUGAGCACUUGGACCGCUGCCUGGAAGGUGACAAAACCAAUCUCCGACCUCGAAGGGUCUGACCCCACAACGCCUGCCGCCUUGUGCUGCCCUCCGGGGGAGGACCUGUGGUUACAGUCAGGCCAAUUCCACCAGCACAGAGUUGUGCUUUACACACACAUAGUAGAUGUACUGUGUCCCUGUAGUCCCAGAACUCAGGAAGCUGAGGCAGGGGCAUCCCUUGAGCCAUGCUCCUGGAUGAGUAGGGAUCCACUAGCUCAGGUCUGAGUCAGUGCUGAAUUCAGCCAUGCCUUACCAGGACGCUGCCUUACUCUGUCCUGUGUCAGAUGCUUUUGUUUUCUCUUGUUCUCGAUGGUUUAGAGUACUCACUGUUUUUAUUUGAAUAUUCUCAAGAUACUCUUACCAGGAGUCUGACAGCCGAAUUCUAACUAUUAAGGUCUGCUUCAUGAGCUAAUGGCAAUCUUGAGGCCAGACACCCUGUGCAGACAGUAUGAAACAUAGUUGUUCUAAAAGUACUCUUUUAUUAGAGUUCUUCUUUUCCUUUGUUUUUCAAAAUCACAACAGUGGAUGAGCUUUCUAUAUUUUAGAAGAUUUUACUUUCUACAUAAAAGUGGUAGCAAAUUUUAAAGACUUCUAUAUUUUAAGUAAUUUAUAUUUUAAGUAUAAUAUUUAUAUAUGUAUACAAUCUGUCCCACCCUUACUAAAAAGUGGCAACAGAUUUUAAAGUCUUUCCUAUAUUUAAAAGAAUUUUUCUAGUUCACGACAGCUCAUGUUUAAAAAUCCCAGCACUUGGGAGGCUGAGGCAGGGAGAUUGUUGUGGGGUUUGAAGCCAGCCUGGGCUUAACCUCCAACCUGGGGUAUGGUGAGACCAUGUCUCAAAAAAGGCCUUUUUUCUCUCUCUCUUUUUCUUUCUUUUUUCUGUCCCAUCAUUAUUUACCAAGAAGUGGCAGUGGAAUUUAAAGUGGGUUCCGAAUAUAUAGUAAGUUAUUUGGAAUGUCAGCAGUUACUUGGUUCUGUAGGCCAGUUUUGACGGGGAUGUAAGUGAACAGUUAAAGCUUGGUGCUAAAAAGUAACUGAUAGAGAACAUCUCACAAAGCCGCCUCUUGCCCUGGAGGGCAGAAAAUGCCUGGACAAGCCAGUGUGAAGCAGAAACAUGCAGGCUGGCACUGGGCAGGUCUUGAGUCCUUCGUGCCUGGGCGGAGGGACACGGGCGCUUGCUCAGUAUUCCUGUCCCACGCCUGCCCUUCGUCUCGCUGACUUUGCUAAAGGCCAUCCGCACACAGCACGGUGCGCUGAUCCGUGAGCACCUGGUGAACCUGGUUUGCCUGGUGGCCCACUGUGUAACUCCCUCCAUCACCUCCCAGGGGCUUUGGGGAUCCUGAUGCAGUUGUCCCUUCACAGAGCCUACCUCCUCCACCCUGAGGUCACACUGUUACUGUGUGGAAGUUUAUUUUCAUCCCUCUGUAGAGCUUAAAGACAAGCAGAAGGUUCCCCUUUGCCUAAGACUACUGAACCUUUGGACUCUCCUAGUGCAGGCCUCGGUGAUGUGACAACACCCACUCAGGAACAGCAUGUGCUCAUCUCCAUGCGACUGAGCCCCUCCCCAGUGUGCACACAUCACCUCUGCGUUCUUGACGUCUUUACCUGCCAGAUCGGCUAACAAGUGUUGCUGUUUCUUAAAGCAUGAAGUUAUAUAGUAUUGUUCGUAGAUAAAUGGCUAUUAAGGUUUUGUGUUUAAAUAUAUACCGUAUUUUCAUCAAUUUAACAGGUUAUAGGCAUUAAAUAUUUUUGAGCCAAACUGCAGAAAGUUCUGGAGUUAUGGAGUAAAUAAGGUGGUAGUCGGCCUUCAGGAACUGCGUCCUCAGUGGAGGGAAGGUGCAGAGUAAGGUGCUGUUUGGUAGUCCUGGGAGGGGCUUCACCCUGGCGGUGGCUUUUAGUGAGUUGAGUUAGCUCGUUAAAGAAGGGAGGAAGGGCCUUAGUGAGCAGGGAGAGGGCAGGGCAGGCACAUCCCCUGGAGAAGCAGUUGAGGUGGAUGGACCAACGUGAGCCCACUGCAGGAGGAAGCGUGUAGACAGGUCUAGCUGGGCACAGGGCCGGGACUGCGCCUGCUGUGUGCCCCUGUCAUUGCAGUGCCAGUGCGGGAGGGAGACAACGCCAGGUUCUGAGCAUCGUUCUCCAGGGCUGGAGAGAGUCGAUGUUUAAUGAGCCUGUACUUGAUAGCGAAGGUUUACCCGGAGCAGUUACUCCCGAAUCAGUUCUUUUCAGUGAAUGUGCUCCGUGUUGUACUCUCCCUUUGAUUCUCACAGUGGAGCUACAGCUGGUUCAGUCCCCACUGCAGGGCCGCAGCCAUAGUCCUGUUUCUAUAAAGACUUGUGCUUGCAUCCCGGUUUAAAAAGCAACUUGAGAAACCUUUGUUUGCCUUUGGCCAACUGUGUGCACAUCCUAACUGGGAUCUCUGAGGUAAAUGGGAAAACACUAAAACCUCAUUCUGUCUCAUUGUUCCAAAACUCUUAAGACUGUAUUUUUUUUUUCAAAGCUUUACAGAAUUUUAAAAUAAAUGAGAAUAUUUUGAUGUAAA